CACUUGCUGCAGGUUCGCUGUAGUUAGCCGACCAGCUAACUUUGUCUUGAUAUGGAUAAAUUAGAUAAAAAGAAAGUCCCUGACAGAUUUACAUCAGAUACAUCGUUUACUAAAGACUUGAGACCGUAUUCAUCCACUUCAGUGUCAACAGAAGAGCCGAAGGAUGAAGAAAAAUCACUGGAAGGCAGCUGCUCCGCUUCUGCUUCGUCUGUGCCGACCAAUGAACAUCACGAUAAACAAAUUCCCCAACUUUUUAUCCUUCACAAUAUAAUCGUUGAAAGAUAUGAAGGUGAUAAGUGGGGAGAUGCGUUUCAUGGAGACGGUGUCGCUUACUUUCAAGGUGGUCACGUAUACAAGGGUAGUUUUUCACAUGGGUUAAUGCACGGUCGUGGUGAAUAUAUCUGGCCUGACGGCUUGAAGUAUCAGGGCGAUUUCAAAUCAAAUGUUCUUAUGGGACAUGGGACUUAUACCUGGCCAAAUGGCAGCAUCUAUGAAGGUGAGGUACACAAUGGUGUCCGCCAUGGUGUUGGGACCUACAAGUGUGCUAAAACCAAUACUGUGUACAAAGGUCAGUGGUGUCUGGGCAAAAGACAAGGAAAGGGGAUAAUGUACUAUAACCAAGCAGCCACAUCGUGGUACAAAGGAGACUGGUUAAACAACUGCAGAGACGGCUGGGGAGUACGGUGUUACCCAUCUGGAAAUUUGUAUGAAGGACAAUGGGUUAACAAUAUGCAACAUGGAGAAGGAGUUAUGAAAUGGAUUAGGUUGGAUCAGCAGUACAGUGGACAAUGGUUAAAAGGCAUCCAGGAUGGAAAAGGGACACACACAUGGUUUCGUAAAAGAGUUCCUUGCUCACAGUACCCAUGUAUGAACGAGUACAGCGGGGAAUUUGUUCAGGGAAUGCGCCAUGGUAAAGGAAAGUUCUUAUAUGCCAGUGGAGCUGUUUAUAAUGGAGAAUGGGAACACGACCAAAAGAAUGGACAGGGAAAGUAUGUUUUUGAAGGUGGAUGCAUAUACGAAGGAGAGUUUAUUAAGGACUGCAUGGCUGAAUUUCCUGCUUUCACCCCUGGCCUGAGUGCCCCUUGCACCCCUUACCCAGACAACAAUGAUUUACCCAAGAGAUUUAUACAGUCAAGAAAGAUUUCCUCACUGCUUGGAUCCGACAUGGCUUUAAACAUCCAGGCCCUGUUAAACAGACUCCCUGAGGCUCGCAGGGACCAAGAGUUCAAACAGGUAGAAUUUGCCGUAUUAAGACACAUUGGUUUGCUGAGGGAAAUUUAUAGCUUUUACAGCAACCUUGGACAUCAGCAGACUCCAGACAAAACAUUUCCUCUUACCCACCUUCAGUUCUCACGCUUACUCAAGGACUGUAAAGUUCACCAGCAUGGGAUGACCCUUGCACAAAUAGAUUGCCUCAUCAAUGAAUAUCUUCAGCCAGACGGGGUUUGUUCUCUUUCUACCACUAUUUUGCCGAGAGAGUAUGUCAGCUAUUUGAUCAUUGCAGCAUAUCACAUCUACUGCAAAGACAUUGAGUCAUUUAAUAAUCUACUGGCCACAUGUUUUUCAAAGCUCAUGAAGCAGAACAUCAUUCCCAAUGCAAAGAAUGUGAAAGGGUCUUUGUUCGGUAAUUCGGUCUAUCCUGUGGUUGCUUGUAACUACCAAAAAAGAUGCUGGGACAUUUAUCAGGCACUAUGUAAAGCCAAUUCAGCCAACACUGACAAAACCCUGACUGUAAGGCAGCUUAUUUUGAUGCUCAAGGACCUCUGUCUAUAUGAUAAUGAACUGACUGCAUCUAAAGUACUGGAAAUAGUCUCUGUGGAAAAUCCUGCUGUUUAUGAUGGAACCCACAGCAACCUGGAAUUGGAGAUGACUUUUCUGGAGUUCUUCGAGGCUCUGCUGGGUUGUGCUGAAGUUAAAUGCAAGAGUAUCCAAACCACUGAGUGGCAGACUAACACCGAUCACCAAUACGACACGGUGCAGAAUAUUACAAUUUUAUCCAAAUCAUGCAACACCAUGGACAUGUCAGCACUUGGUUUAAAAGUGGCUUUAUACUCUCAGAGGCUGCUGAAGGCACAGGAAGUGAAGCAGAUCUUGAAGGCCGUAUAAAGAAAACACAGCAAUUCUUUACUCAGACCUUCUUUCCUGCAUAUAAACAUAGUAUGAAGGUGAAGGAGCUGGUGAAAGAGAGACUCAAGCUUACAGAAAAAAGUUGAAUUUCUCUUGCAGAGGUAAAAGCAAGGUA